AUGCCAGAAACUAUUGUUGUAUUGCUUGAUAAUGGAAUGGCCUCUCAGAACCAGGAUUACCUUCCAAGCAGGUUCAUGGCGCAGAAGGAGGCAAUAGAGUCUCUGAUAUCAAAAAAGUUUGAGGACAGCCAGGAAAGCACAAUAGGAAUAAUUCCUUUGGUGCAAGCCCAGUCUAAUGAUAUCAUCACGCCUACGAAGCAAAGGCCAUACAUAAAGACCUUUCUUAACGGAAUAAGGUUACACAGAGGCGCAGACAUUAUGAGAUGUCUUUCGCAGUCUCUUCACAUCUUCAACCAAAGAGAUUCACCGGGGUGUACAUUGGUGGUCUUUCUUGGCUCUGAGGCCCAGGAGUCCGAGAAAGACGAGCUCUUUGCAAGGAUAUACCAGCUCUUAACACUCGGCGUCGCAAUCAAGAUGGUCUUUUUUGGAGAGGCUGCCGAGAUGGCGGGUGCCUUCGAAAAGAUUGAUUUUACAAACUUCUCCUGUAUAGAAGUCAAGCCAAAUGAGGAGUUUGUCGAUCGCGUCCUUCCAUUUAUAAGCGGAGAUGAUCUUCUUGAAGAAGACGACCCUGAAUUAGCAGAGGCAAUCAGGCUGUCACUUGAGGAACAGAAAAAGCAACAGAAAUAA